UAAAUCGUUUCGCCCAGCAGUUUUCCCGUGCGUGUAUGCGAGAGAGGGAGCGAGUGCAAUUUUUUCGCCAAGGAAGACUCCCUGUCCGCCGUCAAUCUGGCUGGAUUGUAGGAGUGAAAGAUUGAAGGAAGUAGAAGAAAAAAUCACCAGGUUUUUCAUCCACCUCCCAAAUGCCGUUUUAGUUACGUGUCAUAGUUUGUGAUAAAAUCGCAGCAAAAGUUUGGUUGUUUCGAUUGUUUCACGCUACCAGCAAGCGGGCGACAAGUAGUCGCCAGGAUGGCGGACGCAGAUUUCGAGGAAUUUCGCCAAAAUCUGGAUAAAAUUCCGACUUACAGCAGAGCUCCAGCCCCGUUUUAUUCUUUGGUGCCGGAUGUGGAUCUAGAUGAGGACACACCAUCGAGCAAAAGUGGCGAUGGAUCGGACCACGAGGACCCGCCAAGUGAAGCGGAUUCGGUGUUGGAGAAGCCGACCCCGAGUAAAACCCAGCAGAUCAUACAAACCAUUUCGACCAUCAGCAGCAGCAGUGCCGAGGAUGACGACAUGGGUGACGGGCUGAAAACUGGUAGCAUUUUGGGUUCGUUGUCCAUCGCUAAAGUGGAUUUACACCACACGGAAGCAGGUGCGGAAACCGCAACGGCCCAAAAUAAUCCGAUGCAGCUUGCACUGUGCAACAUCACAACGUCGCAGCUGGCAAGGACCAGUUCGCUGCCCUGGAUUCCAGGUCAAGUCGAGCGGAGGCGGCGCAAGCUUCCGGAAAUACCCAAGGAUAAAAAAUCUUCCGUACUGCAGCUGCUUUCCUCGGGACAAACAUCGCUGGCCGAUGAGUUGAACGCCACCAAAAAGAACAACCCACACCAGACAUUCCUGAAGCAAAACUCUUUGCUUGCGCUCAAAUGUAGCUAUCUGCUGGAUGAGGACUCCAGUCCGGACUCGGAUCGGUUGCAGAGUUUGGGCGAUGUGGACAGUGGUCAUAGUACCGCCCACUCGCCGAACGAUUUCAAGAGUAUGUCUCCGCCAGCCCCCCAAGCAUCCUCACCCGUCACAUCGCCCUUCCCGCCGCCGUACGGUGGAGUUCCUUUCAGCCAGCUUGAAAUGCUGGAAGCAACCCACCGUGGACUUCACAAGUUUAUCCCUCGCCAUCACGAUGAGAUUGAGCUGGAGAUUGGCGAUCCACUGUAUGUUCAGAAGGAAGCCGAGGACUUGUGGUGCGAGGGGGUAAAUCUACGCACCGGUCGGCAGGGAAUAUUUCCUUCGGCUUACGCGGUCGAUCUGGACUACAACGAUUUUGAUCCGACGACGGUGGAGAUGAAACGGGAACGGUAUCUGCUCGGGUAUCUUGGCUCGGUGGAAACGUUGGCUCACAAGGGUACGGGUGUGGUUUGCCAGGCCGUUAAGAAGAUCAUCGGUGAUGGCAGCCAAUCGCCGAAGGCUCAGGCUUGCAUACUGGAGAUCUCCGAUCAGGGCCUCCGGAUGGUGGAAAGAGCGAGGAACAAAAAAGACAAACGACCGUGCAUCGAUUAUUUCUACUCGCUGAAGAACGUGUCCUUCUGUGCGUUCCACCCGCGGGACCACCGCUACAUUGGGUUCAUCACGAAGCACCCGACGGUGCAGCGUUUCGCCUGUCACGUAUUCCAGGGUACAGAAUCCACCAGACCAGUAGCCGAGGCGGUUGGGAGGGCAUUCCAACGGUUCUACCAAAAGUUCAUAGAAACGGCAUAUCCGAUAGAGGACAUUUACAUAGAGUAAGCAACAUGUUGACUCAUUUUUGGACACUAUUGCUAACAUAAUUCAACCAAAGAGUAUUUAUUGUGAGACAAAAAUAACAGUUGUUGAUUUUUGAUUAUAAAACAGAAUGCGACGCGAUAAGCGGGAUCUUCUAUACCUAUGCGUUUUGGGUCUGUUAACUUUGUUAAUCUUCCAACCGAUUUUCAGACUUUUAUAAUUUGACGUGACAUAGCAGCUUGCUACAGCUUGUGUUACGUGUGCUCUAGAAUUCUACAGUGCAAAAAGCCUUAACUUUUUUCUCCGAUUAAAAUAAUUCUCACAUCACUAUGAAGGAUUAAAAGGGUUGAUUGACCUAAACAACAAUAUAACAAAACACACAUAACUGCUACAGCAGUAGUAGAUAUGUUAAAAUAGCUGACUUAUGCCAUGGCGAGUUAUUUCUGUACAUAUUAGAUUAAAUUUGUAUAUCAGAGGCAGAGGAGAAUCGAUGUAUAUUUUUAUGACGACGGUUCAGGACGGUUCUGCUGGAAGAAGAAUUAAUCGUCCGACUGAGGAAUGAUGUUUUGCAAUACAUAUUUGACCGGUUGCCUACGCAGAUUCCUUGGCCACUGGCCGAAAAUAGACCAAUAUAUUUUAUAGCAGUGCUUGUGAAUAAAUGCUUCCCAAUUUACAGCAAUUGCCUAGGUUUGCCUUUCUUUGCAGCAGUCGCUUCAGCGUAGGAGUUAUCUUAGUUAGAACAGCUUUAUUUACUUACUAUUAGAAGUACGAACAUCUUUCUCGAUUUCUUUGUUAUCAAAUACUGCUUUUAUGUGUAACCAAAGCGUGAUUGUUACUGAGGGUGAGAAUUUUUCGCACGGCGAACUGAAGGAGAAUGGAAGAGAACCGAAAGGGAGCGAGAGAUUGAGGGCAUAUUAUAAUUCAAUCAUACUCAUGAAAUAGUAAAACAAGGUGUUAUUUAUAAUCGUAUAAAUUAAACAGUUAUACUUAAAACCAAAAAAAAAGUUGAAGAAAACAACAAAAACAGUAUAUUGCAUUUUUGAUGAAACUCAAGAAACUCAAAGGAAACGACAGACAAAAGAUACUCAUUCAAUCAGUGUUAGAAAAUUCGAUCGAUUGAGCUGACAACAAGAAAAAAAAAUCGAUCGCACUUGUUUGCAGCAUUAGACGUAAAAUUGUAAACAGAAAACAACAAACAAAAACAACAAUAAAACUUUAUAUCACACAAAGCAAAACGAUUAUCUCUGGAUUCAAGCAAGUAAUUUUCCAAACACAAACUCUUAACUCUUUUCGAAUUGUAUUAAAAAGAAAAAGAAAAUAUAAACAAAACGAAAGAACAACAACAGCAGCGAUAGAGACCACACCACAUGUAUAGUAAACAAAAACUACAAUAAUGAAUGAAACCUUUUUGCCGCAGUGCUGCAAUCUACUUUCACUCUCCUGCAACCAUACACACUAGUCAGUGCAAUGAACAAACGCCUAUGUAUUAUCAUUCAUUCCAAUCCAAUGGCGGCAGCAAUGGAACAAACUACUUAUGACCGAAAAAUAAAACUCCCAUUUGGGAAUGGAAUGGUG